CGUAAUUCUUCCCGCAAGGCAGUCCGCAAGGCAACUGAUGCGCAGUCAGUGUCUGACUUUGGCUUAAUCUCAUCGGCCCGCCGUCAACGGCCUUUUUGCGCACCAUGUCCAACUACUCACAGUUCUACCCGUACCAGGAGCAGCCUCAGGCUUUGGUCGCGCCGAACGCAUUUGGAUAUGGCCAGUAUGAUUCGCAACGCUCGAAAACGCCUACGUCCUUGAUCAAUCAUACUGGACACUCACCGGGCCCUCUGAGCACCCCGCCGCAGAGUCGCAACGCCUCGCGAGGCCCUGAAGUGCUGCCAGAUCAACCCGAUCAGAUGGUCUACGAUGAUAGCUUCGGCAGCUUAUCCAAUUCUCCCACCUCUGUCAGGACGCCGGACGACACCAUAUUCGAGGUUGAGAUGCUGGACACCGAGUCCGUACGGAACUUCUACCAGAGUCAAAAUGGAGGCAUCAUGGCGACCCAGGUCUCCCAGGGCGCCAUUCCCUCUAUAGAGACCAACAUGUUCUUCACAGCCCAAGGAACAAUCUCUGAUCAGGCCAUCCAAGACUCAGUCUAUGCUACGUUGGCCGCUCAGGCCUCUCAACCACCGCAAUACCACACCCAGUUCACAAUGCAAAGCCGGCCACUCCAGAACACAGUCCAGUCUCAGCAGUUUAACACCUUCUUUGGCCAGACCCAGAACUAUACGCGCCAGCCACCGCAACAGGACCCUUGGACUGGCCAAGGGCCUCCACGAAACCCCAAUACGCCGCGCUCUGGGAUUGCCGUCUUCGACCCUGCCACUGAUCCCCUGGACUACUCUGCCUUCGUUAAUGACGUCGAUUACUGGGCCAUGAACAACACUGACCCCAACUACCUCGUCUCCCCGAACGAGACCAUGGCUCCGCCACAAGACCUCUUCGCCAUAGCAGCUCAGCAGAACUUCAUCCAACAACAAGCGAACAACCGCACGCAGAACCAACCCCAAAUGCAAACCGACAAUCGUAUCGAGAUGAAGUUCACCCCAGCCUCACCACGCCCAGACUCCCAGAACUUCGUCAACCUCGACGCAACGUCUCCUCUUUUUACGGAGACAUAUAUCACCGGGACAGACUCCUACCAGCCUGCAUCACCGACCACAUCGUCUAUUGACCAUCCUGUACGGACAUCGUUCCAGAGAGGAGUUGCCAGCCCGCAGGCAUCAGCAGCCAGCCCCGGCGGCUCCGAGGGCAUGUACUCUUCGUACACGCAGUCGGAGGCAAAUAUGAUGAUCGAUCCUUAUCCCAACAAGCCAUUCGAUACUCGGCUUCCACCUGCUCCAUCGCCCGUGGAGGUAAUGGGCGAAGGAUCUUUCGAUGCAUCGCCGGAGCCGGAAUCUCAGCUUGGUCGUCGGACGUCCUCUAAUAAGGGCACCGGCCGUCCCGGUGGACGGCAACUCGGAACGCAUUUGGACCCAAAGGUAGCCAAGUCGGCACAUGACAUGCGCAAGAUCGUCGCGUGCUGGCACUGCGUGCUACAGCGAGACAAAUGCGGACCCGGCGACAUCUGCGAACGCUGCUUGAAGCGCUCGCAGCGCCCCAAUGCAGACUGCGGCCUCGGCUGCUCGCGCAUCAAGCUCGUCGAGCUGGCGCCGUACUUCCUCCCCAUGCUGACCAUGCAGAUCCAUGAGGACACGCACCUGACGCACUUCGUGUCCCAAUUCAUCCAGCAGUGGGGGAACACCGAAAUCACCAUCUACAUGACGUGCAGCCAGAGCAUGCCGCGGAUCCCGGUCAAGGUGUACGAGUUUGCGCCGCGCGGCGAUGAGCUGCUCGUGCAGAUCCAGUACCAGACGGAUCCGCAGACGCAGCAAAGGUACUCGCUUAAGAAGAGGAGCCCCGCGCUGGGCAUGGUGCAUAUCAAUCAUAAUGAGGAGAAGAAGUACGAUAAGUAUGUCAACGAGAUUGUGGAUAACCACAUGGAUGCGUUUGCGGAUAUCUGCUGGGCUGAAGACGACAACGACUUCGCUCCCAGAUUGCUCAAGCUCUUGACGAGAGUUAAACCAAAGGCUGAGGAUGAGGCCAAACUCCUCCGCGAAGUCUUCCGCCUCCUCGUAACAACCUAUAUAAUGUCCCACACCCUCACCAUAGCCGAAGAAACCAAAACCCAAACCCUCUCCAAAAUGCACUCCUACACCGGCCCCUCCGCCUACAUCCAGAACUACACCUCCCCACGCAUGACCAACCGCCAACUAAAAUACUUCUUCGCGCGCCUGCAGCGCAGCACCCUAACCCACGUCCUCAACAAGCUCCAGCAAAUCUUCAAAUCAUCCAAGGGCUGCGACAAGUGGGUGUCGGCCUUCGUCGCCGUCGUCUGCAUGGCCAUGGCGCACGAAGACCAGCAGAAGACUAUCCACCAGGUCAUGGCGACGCGCGCGGCUACCGAGGGCUUCGAUGCGCGCGAUGCGCAGGCACAGGCGGAUAUUGCGUGCCGCGAGGUCGAUGCCAGGAUGAACUUUAUCAGCCAGAUCUUCAGGUGGAAGUACAACCGCAAGUGCAAUCCGCUGCGCGACGCGGAGCACGAGUGGGAGAAGGAGGUUGGGUUUGGCGACGAAAGCAGCGUUACGUUUGUGAGGAGCGUGGCGCAGUUGGUGAAGGAUAACACCGAUUAUCUGCAGAAGAGGCAGAGCAUCAGUAUUUCGGCCUCGAACCAGGCCAAGUACACGGCUCGCCUUGUCGGCUCAUUCCUACUUUCUUUCUGGCUGCCGUCAUAACGACUUCACGCACUCGCUUCGACCAGUUUUCCGUGCACCCACCGUCCUUGAGGCUGGCUUUUUCCCCAGCCUCGGACACGUGGCUCCCGUUUUCGAAGCAUCCAUCCAUCUUUCAUGACUUUGUCUUUUCGGGUUACUCUACUACAUUUCACGGCUUGUAUUCUCUUAUUGAAGCGUUCCAGCGGCGGUGGGACUUCGGGGUGUUAUAUACGUUGACGACCUUCACGAAC